CUCCUGCCUAUGAGACCUGGAUCUGGGCACUAGGAGAGAGGGCCAGAACUCCUUCAUCUCUAAAAGUGGACAACAGGAGUGGCAGCUUUUACCUUACCUUCUGCAUAAGACUCCUCAGUGAACAGAGAUUUUCAUGCUGGAUAAUGAUGAAACAGAGAACAGUGAAAGACUGAGGAAUGUCUGCUUCACACAGAGCCCUUUGAGACACUUCCUCUAGCUGGAAGACAGCAGCCCCAACCAGCACUAUUUCAUGUGGAAUCUCAAACUUACAGAAGAUUUACUUCCCAAAAGUUGACAACCCUAUCGUUUCAAAUACAAGUCUUCCUUCAACAAAUUCUGUUUCCAAGGAAAGUCUUAACCAUUUGUCCCUUCUGGCGUACCCUCUUCCAUGAAAUCCAUGCAGAAUAGACCAGUAUAAAUGAAAACCUGCUGUCACCAGCUACCCAAAGUGGAAAAAAAGAAUUGGAAGGAAAGAACACCUAAAUUGAGCUGUCAGACACUUGGCUGCCUACCACGCGUUUUGGAUUGUGGUGUUGAAAAGUCCCGGCCUGUGUGCUUUCUCCCGAUGGCUGUUGUGUGCUUGCUCCUGAGAACAGUGUAUAGACGUGCACCAGCUCUAAUCAAUCUUCCUGAGCAGACUUGCCAUUUCUCUGAUCGUGUUCAGCUGAGGUCCUCUGAGAAGAGAGUGGGCCUUUCCCCUCAAUGGGCAAAGAGCCAGCUUCCAUUUCAAAAUCUCAGAAAAAAAAAAUUCAACAAUCCAGAGCCUGUGUUUAUUGAAGAGAUGGGCAGCAGUGAACCUCUCCCCAUUACAGACAGCGACAAGCGGAAAAAGAAGAAAAGGAAAGCCCGGGCCACUGACUCCUUGCCAGGAAAGUUUGAAGAUGUGUACACGCUGACCUCCGAAUUGCUUGGAGAGGGAGCCUAUGCCAAAGUCCAAGGUGCAGUGAGCCUGCAGAAUGGCAAAGAAUAUGCUGUCAAAAUCAUCGAAAAACAAGCAGGGCACAGCCGAAGCAGGGUAUUUCGAGAGGUGGAGACCCUCUAUCAGUGUCAAGGAAAUGAGAACAUUUUGGAGCUGAUUGAGUUCUUUGAAGAUGAUACAAGGUUUUACUUGGUCUUUGAGAAAUUGCAAGGAGGCUCCAUCCUAACCCACAUCCAGAAGCAGAAGCACUUCAAUGAACGAGAAGCCAGCCGUGUGGUCCGGGACGUUGCUGCAGCCCUUGACUUCCUGCACACCAAGGGCAUUGCUCACCGUGAUCUGAAGCCAGAAAAUAUAUUAUGUGAAUCUCCAGAAAAGGUGUCUCCAGUGAAGAUCUGUGACUUUGACUUGGGUAGUGGGGUGAAACUGAACAACUCCUGCACCCCCAUCACCACGCCCGAGCUGACUACCCCAUGCGGUUCUGCAGAAUACAUGGCCCCUGAGGUGGUGGAAGUCUUCAGGGAUGAGGCUACUUUUUACGACAAGCGCUGUGACCUGUGGAGCCUGGGCGUGGUCCUCUACAUCAUGCUGAGUGGCUACCCCCCCUUUGUAGGCCACUGUGGGGCUGACUGUGGCUGGGACCGGGGAGAGGUCUGCCGGGUGUGCCAGAACAAGCUGUUUGAGAGCAUCCAAGAAGGCAAGUAUGAGUUUCCUGACAAGGACUGGGCACAUAUCUCCAAGGAAGCCAAAGAUCUCAUCUCCAAGCUUCUGGUUCGAGAUGCAAAGCAGAGACUGAGUGCCGCCCAAGUUCUGCAGCACCCUUGGGUGCAGGGGCAAGCUCCAGAAAGGGGACUCCCCACGCCGCAAGUCCUCCAGAGAAACAGCAGCACAAUGGACCUGACUCUCUUUGCGGCCGAGGCCAUCGCCCUUAACCGCCAGCUAUCUCAGCACGAGGAGAAUGAACUGGCUGAGGAGUCAGAGCCACUGACUGCAGGCCUCUGCUCUGUGAAACUUUCCCCUCCUUCGAAGUCACGCCUGGCCCGCCGGAGAGCCCUGGCCCAGGCAGGUCGCAGUGAAGACACGGCAGUCACUGUGCCCAGCAGCCCCAGCCCUCUGGCACACUCCUUCACACCCUCCAGACCCUAGGCCUGUCCAGGCAUUGCCCUUCUGGAACACUGUGUAGCCCAAGUCUGCAGAGCAGCCAGAAGGACCUGGUCCUUACCAGCAGUUAGGCCUUUUUGUCCACAAAGGCCCAGAGUCCUCCAGGAAAAGGCUUUUCCAAAGGGAUUGUCUUUGAAAAGGAAAGCAAUCACUUGUCACUUUGCAUAAUAGCCUGCAGCAGGGUCGUCUGGUCUGCGCUGGCUCCUGCCCACCAGCUCACACCCCCCCUUCACCCACCCCCUCCCCCGCAGAUCCAAGAUGGAGCCUGUGUUGGAGGCAGUGGGCUGUGCCUGCAGCCUUCAGGGAACCGGGCUUGAGAAGCCCGUCCUCCCUCUCUGUGCUGUCACCCCGAUUCCCCAGUCUCUCCUCCACCUUCCUCUGUCCUCUGGAUGUCCUCCCCCUCUGCUGAGCAAAGCUACCCUCAAUUCAGGUGAGGGCAGGGAGCAUCUGCAUUCCGGAAGCCAGAUCAGUCUUCCAGUCUGUGGCACAGAGAAGCACAUAAUCUUUCUUUGCCGUGACCAGAAUGAAUCCCUCAUUUAUCAUCCUCUUCCUUGUUUGGGAUUGCUGCUAAAGUCAGUAUUACUUCGUGUUUUUCUGUUUGUUUGUUUUUAAAACUAUGCUUUUCCAGUCAAGAUGAGACUUUAAACCCCCACUGCAAGCCCACAGACUUUCCUGAGCAUGUAACAGCUCACUCUUCUUUCCUGAAUGUUCAUGCUUUGGGGUUUUAACCCUCUUACCCUGUUUUUAAGUUAUUAAGAUGAUGAGCAGCUGAGAGGCCACCUCUGCUGUAUCCUGGGACUGGUGUGCAGGAUGGGACCUGCCAGGGCGCCCAAGGCCUCUUGCCUGAGGCAGGGCCACACCUGAGGCAGCCGGGCUGCCUGGUCCAGGCCAGUGGCUCCUGCUGCCAGCGAACAGGAGGGAGAGGGAGAGCACGUCCGUGCAGGUCAGCGGCCUGCCGAGUGGCCUGGAGAAAACCAAUCCGCAUGAGUCACACACAAGUUUGUGUAACACCGUGAUGCUAGUGUGCACUUGUUUUAA